CUGACGACGCAGGGAAGCGUAGGAUGUAGCACAGGACGUGGCUAGCGAGCUAGUAGUCAGAGUAGGACGACCGAAAAUACAUUUAAAAUCGUGACUAGGAUCUGUUUUGCUACAUGUUCAAGGAGUCUUUGUGUCUCUUCAGCCAGACAGAUGACCUGUGCCAGAUGUGACCUGUCAGCAACACAUCCAGAGCUGAAUGGAAGCAUUUGAGGCCUUUUGUGAGUGAGGAGGUUGCGGCUCCCAGUAAUGUACCAUGGGGUACGACGUUACGAGGUUCCAAGGGGAGGUGGAUGAAGACCUGCUGUGUCCUAUAUGUAGUGGAGUGCUAGAAGAACCUGUGCAGGCCCCGCACUGCGAGCAUGCCUUCUGCAAUGCCUGUAUAACACAGUGGUUCGCCCAGCAGCAGAUUUGUCCUGUUGACCGCACAGUAGUGACACUAGCUCACCUCCGGCCUGUGCCACGCAUCAUGCGCAACAUGCUGUCUAAACUACAGAUCAGCUGUGACAAUGCGAGCUUUGGCUGUGUAGCCACACUACGGCUGGACCAGCUGCAGUCACACCUCAAGGACUGCGAGCACAAUCCCAAAAGGCCUGUCAACUGUGAGGACGGGUGUGGCCUUGAGAUGCCCAAAGAUGAGCUCCCCAACCAUAACUGUAUCAAACACUUGCGAAGUGUCGUCCAGCAGCAACAGACUAAAAUUUCAGAUUUGGAGAAAACUGUGGCAGAACAUAAACACCAGUUGGGGGAGCAAAAACGGGACAUUCAGCUGCUAAAAGCCUAUAUGAGAGCAAUCCGCAGUGCUAACCCUAACCUGCAAAACCUCGAGGAGAGCAUCGAGUACAAUGAGAUCUUGGAGUGGGUCAACUCCAUGCAGCCUGCCAGAGUGACACGCUGGGGCGGCAUGAUCUCCACUCCCGAUGCCGUGCUCCAAGCAGUCAUCAAACGCUCCCUCAUCGACAGCGGCUGUCCUCUCUCUAUUGUGAACGACCUGAUCGAGAACGCCCAUGAGCGUAACUGGCCGCAGGGACUGGCCACUCUGGAGACGCGGCAGAUGAACAGGCGUUACUAUGAGAACUACGUUGCCAAGCGUAUCCCUGGCAAGCAAGCAGUAGUGGUGAUGGCCUGUGAGAAUCAGCAUAUGGGGGAGGAUAUGAUCUUGGAGCCCGGGCUGGUCAUGAUCUUCGCGCAUGGCGUGGAGGAGAUCUUAUAACUGUACUGCUAGCUGAGCUGAUCCAGAGACAAGUGGGGACGUUUUGCUUGGGGGUUUGCUGUGACGAGUAGGUUUUUCCUCGCUGGAGUGAAACCUUCCGAACAAAUCUGGCUUAUUUAAAAUAAAAUCUUAUCAGAGGCUCACUCCUAAGCUUGAUACCUAUGCCUUAAAGUAAGGACAAAUACAUUAUGAACCUGGCAAAUAGAAACUUAAUCUGACUGAUAUCAAAGAUAAAAGGUGAGAUAUGAUGUUUACAAGGUUUAUAUUUAGUGCAUUAUAUGAUCUGAUUGUUCUGCUCUGUGUCCUAAAUAUAGUGAUAAGCUUGAACCCCCAUUUAAUGUCCUCAGUUGUAUAAAUGCUUGUAAAUACAAAUACUAUAUUGAAUUAUAAAUGUCAUUCUCUUAUUCCUCUCACUGUAAUUAGGUUGUGAUUUUUUUGUUUAUCUCGGUUCUGUUUAGUCGGCUUGUGUUAAUGUUUGCAGGGAUGUCAACUCGGAAGUUUUUUGGGGUUUCUUUUGCGUGCUUGCUUUAGUAUUUAGUUUCCUGUGAAUAUUUCACAAGACAUUGUGCUUCUCAGUUUAGAUUGUCCAAACCUUCUGUGCCAUUCGUUUUAUUUAUUGUGUUGCCUUUUACACAAACAUGCUUGAAGAUGUUACCAUUUGAUGUAUGGAAAUCUGCCUUUUUCGGUGCAUUUGAAGUACGUUGCAGGAAGAAAAAAAUGAUUUUGUGUUUUCUCUGUUGCCUCAGUUGUAUAUAGUCUGUAUGUUGGGUCCAGUUGAAUCGUUAAAUUUGAAGUUUAACAUCUGGGAUUUAACUAUGUAUAAUUAAUUUUAUUUGACAAAUCAUAAUGGUUCACGUUAUAUGUUAGGUGAUCCUUAUGUCAUGUUUUGAUGAUUGAAAUAUAGACAUUGAUCUUAUUCUUCACGGUUAGCAAACAUCUGUUCACUUACAUGUCACUACAAAAACCACAGCUUGGAGAUUGUAAAAAAAUAUUCGUAAAGUCACUCUUAUGGCUUUUGAGAGGUAAAAUGUUUCACCAUUAGUCACUUAUAACAAGAUAUCAGAUAUUCGGUAUAAAAACCCAAAAAGAGCAGUAAACAUAAUUUCGGAUUGUGCCCUUUAUUCUUUUCCCUGUUAAUGUUUUUAUUUGUUUUGUGUCUGUUAUGUACUGUGUUGUACAGGCAAGAAAGUAAUAAAAUGUCAAACGUCA